AAAAAAAGGAUGGCCUCGGCGAUUUUUCCAUCGCUCAGACUGAGGCCAAGCUUCUCCUCCGCCACGUCACUAUCUUCCUCCUCUUCCUCCGGUGACAUAAAACCCCGUCCAGCUGUCAUUCUCCCGGGUUUAGGAAACAAUUCAGGAGACUACAAGAAGCUGGAGAUAACAUUGGGUGAGUACGGUGUUCCUUCAGUGGUUGCAGACGUGUCAAGACUUGAUUGGUUUAGAAAUGCAGCCGGUUUGGUUGAUCCAGCUUACUGGCGUGGCACUCUACGCCCACGUCCUGUUCUUGAUUGGUAUUUGAAAAGAAUCGAUGACGCCGUCCGUGAAGCAAAUGGGUUAUCCCAAGGACAAGGAUUGUCUUUGAUUGGACACUCAGCUGGAGGAUGGCUUGCUAGAGUUUACAUGGAAGAGUACGGAAACGUUGAUAUCUCCUUGUUGCUCACACUUGGUACGCCUCACUUACCACCACCGAAAGGACUACCCGGGGUUAUUGAUCAAACGAGAGGUCUUCUCUAUUAUGUUGAAGAGAAUUGUGCAAAAGCUGUUUACACUCCUGAGCUGAGAUAUGUCUGCAUCGCCGGGAGAUACAUACGUGGAGCUACGUUAGUGGACAAUGCAGAUGAAAAUGUUGAUUCUGAAGUGACGGUUGGAGCCAUCUCAGAGCUUGCUAUAGCGGGGGAUUCUUCAGGGCCUAGUUUCCGUGCUCGUUUUGUAGGGCAGGGAUACAAGCAAGUAUGUGGAAGAGCUGAUGUGUGGGGUGAUGGAGUGGUUCCUGAGGUUUCAGCUCAUCUUGAAGGUGCACUUAAUGUUAGCUUCGAUGGUGUUUACCAUUCUCCUGUUGGUUCAGACGAUGAAACCAGACCGUGGUAUGGUUCACCGGUUAUUGUAAAAGACUGGAUUCACCACCUCCUUGAGUGAGUUUUCAGGUUCUUGUAUAAACAUUCAUCAGAAUUUGUUAUCUCCCAUGUUUCUAUUUCUUCAAACUCUAAUCAUAUUAUGCAUUUAUA